AUGUUUGUGAACAUUGACGUGAGUGCAACAGUCAUGUAUGAGUCUGGUCGAUUGCCUGAAAUUGCUGCUAAGAUCCUAAACAAGCGCUCGCUCAAUGAACUGAGGAUGGGAGUCCCUGAUCGUGAUAUGAUCAUGCUGAAUAGACUCCUGAAAGGCCGAACUAUUUUAGUGACUCAUCGCGGUGAACGUCGCCUCACCUUCAAAAUUACCAACUUGGGUGGUCCUGCCAACCAAGUGGCAUUUGCUGAUGCCAAUGGAAACAACAUCCUAGUGUCUGACUACUUUUUGCAAACGUAUAACCUACGCCUCAACUACCCCUUCUUGCCAUGUGUUGUGGUUCGCAAAGACAUCUUUUUGCCUAUGGAAGUCUGCGAAAUCACAUCUGGUCAACGCUUUACUCGAAGGCUGAACCCAAGACAGACGACUGAAUUUAUUACUGCCACUGCCAAACCCCCUCAAGUUCGCUUUAACAUGAUUAAUCAAGGCUUGGAUCUGUUGCGACAUAGAAACAAUCCCUAUCUGGAAGAAUUUGGUCUCAAAAUUAGCCAAGAGAUGGAGAUUGUCAAUGCCCGUAUCAUGGAGCCUCCACGAGUCGCCUUUGGUCAAGCAGCUAUCCGACCUCAACCCAGUGGUUGGAAUCUGCAAGGAAAGCAAUUUAAGCAGCCUGCUACAUUGGCAUCCUGGUCUCUUGUCAAUUUUGCUGGUGCUGUUCCCAUUCAAGCUAUCCAGCGUUUCAUUCGUGAAUUGGUGACCAUAUUCGCAGGGUUGGGCAUGGCCGUCAUAAAUCGCAAUCCACCCACUCUGAACGCAGAUCCUCAAGGCAAUAUUGAGCGCACGCUCAAGGAAGCUUGGUUGAAUGCUGGUAGACAAGCGCGAGCAGAGCCUCAACUGAUUUUCUGUAUACUCCCCAACCUUGGUAGUCAACUCUAUGGUGAGAUCAAGCGUAUCACGGAUACUGUCAUCGGCGUGCCUUCUCAAUGCUUACAAUCCAAGCAUAUUGCUCAAGCCAAGAAGCAAUACUGUGCCAACGUAGCAUUGAAGGUGAAUGUCAAGCUGGGCGGAACCAACCACGUAUUGCACCAUGAGGAGAUCCCAUUCGUCUCUAACCGGCCAACCAUCGUCUUUGGCAUCGAUGUGAGCCAUCCAUUCCCUGGUUCCAACGCACCUUCUGUCGCUGCUGUCACUGCUUCCGUGGAUUCAAUGGCUGCUCGUUUUGUCGCCACGAUCCGUUUGCAAGCUCGCACUGAAAUUGUCAGUGAUUUAGGCAAUGUCAUUAUUGAAUUGCUCCGUAAAUUUUAUCAAAAGACGGGUCUGAAGCCUCAACGUAUGAUCUUUUAUCGAGAUGGUGUUGCCGACAGCCAGUUCCAGCAUGUCAUGACCGCUGAAGUCAAUGUCAUUCGCCAGGCCUGUGCGCAUCUUGAUCCAGACUUCCGGCCUACUAUUACUUUUGUGGUUGUCCAAAAGAGACAUCGUGUUCGCUUCCUCCCUGCCAAUCGCAAUGAUGCUGAUCGCAGUGGAAAUUGCUUGCCUGGCUUGGUCGUGGAUACCCAUAUUGUUCAUCCCUUUGAGUUUGAUUUCUACUUGCAAGCUCAUGCUGCCAUCAAGGGAACUGCUCGUGCGACUCAUUAUUAUGUCUUGUUUGAUGAAAAUCAAUUUAACGCCAACACUUUGCAAGAUCUCACCUUUAAGUUGUGCUACUCUUAUGCUCGUUCCACUGGUCCAGUCUCUCUUGUUCCUGCUGUGUACUAUGCCGAUCUUGUCGCUGCUCGCGCUCGUCUUCAUCGCCCUAGUGAAGAUUGGUCUGACACGACAAUGACUGGCGAUACAGCUGCAAUGGAAGCUCAAGUGGCUGCCUAUGCUACUGUAGAUGCCAAAAUUAAAGAUAGCAUGUACUUUAUGUGA